AUGGAGAAAGAGAGGGUACCAAGGAAGUGUACGGGCGUUGAUGGCGAGAGGGAGAAAGAGAGGGUACCAGGAAAGUGUAGGGAGUUGAUGGCGAGAUUGAGAAAGAGAGGGUACCAGGAAAGUAGGGUACUAGGAAAGUGUAGGGGAGUUGACGGCGAGAUUGAGAAAGAGAGGGUACCAGGAAAGUGUAGGGGAGUUGAUGGCGAGAGGGAAAAAGAGAGGGUACCAGGGAAGUGUAAGGGAGUUGAUGGCGAGAGGGAGAAAGAGAGGGUACCAGGGAAGUGUAGGGGAGUUGAUGGCGAGAUGGAGAACGAGAGGGUACCAGGGAAGUGUAGGGUAGUUGAUGGCGAGAUUGAGAAAGAGAGGGUACCAGCGAAGUGUUGGGGAAUUGAUGGCGAGAUGGAGAAAGAGAGGGUACCAAGGAAGUGUAGGGGCGUUGAUGGCGAGAGGGAGAAAGAGAGGGUACCAGGAAAGUGUAAUGGAGUUGAUGGCGAGAUUGAGAAAGAGAGGGUACCAGGGAAGUGUAGGGGAGUUGAUGGCGAGAGGGAGAAAGAGAGGGUACCAGGAAAGUGUAAUGGAGUUGAUGGCGAGAUUGAGAAAGAGUGGGUACCAGCGAAGUGUAGGGGAGUUGAUGGCGAGGUGGAGAAAGAGAGGGUACCAGGAAAGUGUAGGAGAGUUGAUGGCGAGAUGGAGAAAGAAAGGGUACCAAGGAAGUGUAGGGGAGUUGAUGGCGAUAUGGAGAAAGAAAGGGUACCAGGGCAUUGUACGGUGGUGCUGAGAUAUGAAAGGGUUGGAUGGAGGGAUGGAAGGAUAUGGGUCUGGGACAAUUAG